CCCAAGCAUCAGGCGACUACUACACACUAAUCGUAACAAUGGGGUGAUAAAGCGUCUGACCUUAUUUUGGCUUCACGCGGAAUGGAUGCUAGUAUGGAAGGGACUCGUCAAUGUCCAGUCUUCAGAAUCAAGAAUGGAAACUGACUGAAGGCCAUCCGGGAAACCUCUGUCGGCAUUCCCCCACAUCACGAAUUUGGAACAAACUGAAUCAUCGUUCGCUACGCUUUAAGAGACUUUAAAGGUCGACAUCUCGAAAGAUGGUCCUCCCCAGGUCAUCCUGGGGAAAGUGCGGAUGCGGUUCCUCACGCCAACUGGAACCGAAAAAUGCCGAAAAAUGCCGGCGUCCAGCAAACGUGGGGCCUCCUCCCUUGCUAGUCUCAUACUCUCAGCAGGUUUAGGAAGUCUGAUGGCUUUCCCUGCAGCAGCUCCGUUGCAAGAAAAAAUUAUGAUAGGACCAAAGCCAGACACAUUGAGAAGCCAAAUGCGCGUCGAGACCGAUCACCGACUCCCUGAUGCCCAGGUUGCCUUCUCGGGUAUCAGUGCAAGUGCACUUGCACAGAGAUGGAGAAGCCGUGGUCUAGGCGAUUUGUCAGUGUGGUCAGCUUCCCAAGAUCUUGAUGCUACUGGCAGCUACUUAGCCUCCAUUCCUUCUUGGCGUGCAAGAAGUAAACCUGGAGGGCCUAGACAGGCCGGCUUGUCUCCUUUUCGCAACUACGAGAGCGGAGUUUGGCUUCUCCUUCUCGUCGUUGUAGUCGUCGUCAUCGCCGAUAUCCCUCCAGUAUUUGGGCCGGUGCCGCGUCCUUUCUGCUCGCGCUAAGCCCUACCCAGGGAGGUCGCACUUGGCUAUAGCGACGAACAGCUCCCUCCGGGAGACGGUCAGGUAGCAUGCCUCGGAUACAACGCGCUCGAAUUGCCUGCCUUACGU